GUUACCGCACCGCAUGCUGCCGCUGCUCAGCUUCAUGGAACAAGAACAAGGGUGGAUCACCGUCCGCUGACUGAAGCCCACCGUAGCUGCCGCUGUCACAUUGAGCUCUCAGCUGUUUUUCUGAGCUUCCCUGUAGUCACCGCUCUCCUCGUUGUCCAGUCAGCCAGUGAAGAUGUCAGUAGUCGGGUUUGACGUCGGGUUCAUGAACUGCUAUGUAGCAGUAGCCAGAGCCGGAGGGAUUGAAACUGUCGCUAAUGAAUACAGCGACCGGUGUACUCCAGCAUGUGUUUCUUUUGGACCACGGAAUCGAUCGAUUGGUGCAGCUGCAAAAAGCCAAGUUGUCACAAACUGCAAGAACACAGUCCAAGGAUUCAAGAGGUUUCAUGGCAGGGCGUUCUCAGAUCCAUACGUGCAGCGCGUCAAAUCCAGUUUGGUCUAUGAUAUUGCACAAAUGCCUGUAGGAACAACUGGUAUCAAGGUUAUGUACAUGGAGGAGGAGAAGGUGUUCAGCAUUGAACAGGUCACUGCCAUGCUGCUAACCAAGCUGAAGGAGACAGCAGAAAAUGCACUUAAGAAGCCUGUGGCUGACUGUGUUGUCUCUGUUCCCUGCUACUUCACUGAUGCUGAGAGGAGAUCAGUAGUAGAUGCUGCACAGAUUGCUGGACUGAACUGCCUGAGGCUCAUGAAUGAGACAACUGCAGUGGCGUUAGCAUAUGGCAUCUAUAAGCAGGAUCUUCCUCCCCCUGAGGAAAAGGCCAGGAAUGUAGUGUUUGUGGACCUGGGCCAUUCUGGAUUCCAGACAUCAGUGUGCGCCUUUAACAAGGGCAAACUCAAGGUCCUUGCUACAGCCUGUGACCCAGAGUUGGGAGGGAAGGACUUUGAUGAGGUCCUGGUCAAGCAUUUCUGUGAGGAAUUUGGCAAGAAGUACAAGCUUGAUGUCAUGUCCAAGCCCCGAGCUCUGGUCAGGCUCUACCAGGAGUGCGAGAAACUGAAGAAACUGAUGAGUGCAAACUCCUCUGACCUGCCGCUCAACAUUGAGUGCUUCAUGAAUGACAUCGACGUUUCUGGAAAACUGAAUAGGGCUCAGUUUCUAGAGAUGAGUGCUGACAUUUUUGCAAGAGUCGAGGCUCCACUGCAGAGUCUGCUGGAACAUACCAAACUGAAAAAGGAAGACAUCUAUGCAGUAGAGAUAGUGGGAGGAGCCUCCAGGAUCCCAGCAGUUAAAGAGAGAAUCAGCAAAUUCUUCGGGAAGGAACUGAGCACCACACUAAAUGCUGAUGAAGCAGUGGCCAGAGGAUGUGCUUUGCAGUGUGCAAUACUGUCACCUGCCUUCAAAGUGCGUGAAUUCUCCAUCACAGACAUGGUUCCAUACCCCAUCUCCUUGAAGUGGCACUCUGCUGCCGAGGAAGGUUUGAGUGAUUGUGAGGUAUUUCCCGUGGGCCACGCAGCACCUUUCUCCAAAGUGUUGACCUUCUAUCGGAGAGAGCCUUUCUCUUUGGAGGCCUACUACAAUUCCCCUAAUGAGCUGCCCUACCCUGACCCCACUAUUGGUCAGUUCCAGAUCCAGAAGGUUGUCCCGCAGGCGUCUGGUGAGAGCUCCAAGGUGAAAGUCAAGGUGCGAGUGAACAUCCAUGGUAUCUUCAGCGUGUCCAGCGCCUCUCUGGUUGAGGUGCAGAAGUGUGAUGAGACAGAGGAACCCAUGGAAACAGAACCGACCAAUGAGAAAGAGGGGGAGAACAAGAUGCAAACCGACCAGGAGGAGCAGGGUCAAGGAGACGCUCAGAAAGAAACAGAAGAGAAGCCACGUGAGAAUGAAGAGAUGGAGACCACCACAGAGGAGAACAAAGGCGAGAAGAAGUCCGACCAACCCCCACAAGCCAAAAAGCCCAAAGUCAAAACAAAAGUCCUGGAGCUUCCCAUUGAAAACAGUCCACAGUGGCAGCUAGCAGAUGACAUGCUUAAUCUUUUUGUAGAAAAUGAGGGUAAGAUGAUCAUGCAGGACAAACUGGAGAAGGAGAGGAAUGACGCCAAGAAUUAUGUAGAAGAGUAUGUGUACGACAUGAGGGACAAACUCCAUGGGAUGCUGGAGAAGUUUGUCAGUGAAUCUGAAAGAGACGCCUUGUCAUUAAAGCUGGAGGAUACUGAAAACUGGCUGUAUGAAGAUGGAGAGGACCAACCCAAACAGGUGUACAUUGACAGACUGGCAGAGUUAAAGAAAUUUGGCCAGCCCAUCCAGGAGAGGUUUACAGAGGCUGAAGAGAGACCUAAAGAAUUUGAAGAGUUGGGAAAACAAAUCCAGCAGUACAUGAAAUUUGUUGAAGCGUACAAAAUGAAGGAGGAGCAGUACGAUCAUUUGGAUGAAGCAGAUGUCAAUAAAGUGGACAAACUGGCCAGCGACACAAUGAUCUGGAUGAACAGCGCCAUGAACCAGCAGAGCAAACAGAGCCUGAUGGUGGAUCCUUCUGUCAAAGCAAAAGACAUUAAAGCAAAAACAAAGGAGCUGUUCUCUGCUUGUAACCCCAUUGUGACCAAGCCGAAGCCCAAGGUAGAGCUUCCCAAGGAGGAGACACCUGCAGAGCAGAACGGGCCUGUCAAUGGACAGGAGAAAGCCCAGGAAGACGCUGCUGACAAGGGAACGACUGAGAGCACAGGCAACCCCACCUCGGAAACUACAGAGAACAAGCCUGACAUGGACCUUGACUAAUGCAGCCUAACGCCUCCCUAAGCAAAGCUAAAUGGGAGCUGGUUGCUUCAGAUUGAGAUGCAGCCUGGGUGUAUAACAGAACAGGUGAAGUGUUGCAGGAAGUGCACUCCACAGUCAAAAGCAGGCAGCGUGAUUAGCACACUGAGCCCAGCUCCUGGUGGUAUCUCUGUCUGAUGACAUAGCAUGCAUCUCUCUUUCUGGAUGACAUAAAUCAAAAGCCAGCCGCAAUAAGCCUGUUUGACAUUGAGCGCUGUACACAUGAUGGUAUUUAUUUCUGUUGUGUGCCCUGUAAGUGUUCUGGUCUGUGUCACAAUAUGGUUUUAAUAAAGUUACCGA